AUGCCGUCUAGACAGUCCACUGUUCCCAAUUUAGAUCUCAGCCCUUCCACACUCCAAACAAGCACAAAGUCUUCGUCCCCACAUACACCCGGCGCAAGCUCAGAUGGACCCAGUCCCCUGACACCGCGGUCUCCCAAAUCUUCGUCAAGUUCAACGUUCUUCAAGGGCACCACAAUCCGCUCCGUAACACAAGAACAUAAUACCAGCUCGAAUAGCCCUACCCUACCGGUCUCCCCGGCGUUUACUGCAGAGUCACCUACUCAAGGAGUCACGGCCAUUCCUCAGUACCCUCCCUCUCCGCGCGACUCACCCAAACAUUGCCGUGACCCCUCACGUUCGUUCUUCGCAAAUCUAAAGGCACCAAAAGCUUCACAUAGGGCUCAGAGAUCGGAUAGCUCGGGGAAUUCGGGUGAUAAGCCUAGGAGCCGUGGCAGUUCCAGAGAUCGCAGGACACAGAUUUCAUCGAAGCUGUACGAGUCAACGCCAGAUCUCCCUGGUGCAAUUGAACGUGCAGCGCAACAAGAGAGCAACUGCCAUUCUUUUGAAGACCGGUCCGCGCAGCCAUCAGAAUUCAAGAAGCUUGGCCCUGAAUCCGAGCCUAGUCAUACCCUGAAGAAGGGAAAGCCCCGUUUUGCCAACCUCCUUUCCCGUUCUCGCUCAAUAAGAUUAGACGACUCCGCUGUGAACAGGAUCACGCAUCGACGUCCGUCAACCAGCCUUAUGAGACUAGAAGAAAGCGUCAAAGGGGAGGCACAGGCGACCCCAAAAGCAGCACCCACGCGUCCAGAGAGAGAAGCCAAGCCAACAGCGAUUCCUCAUGUCCGCAGUUACACCAUUGAUCGACCUACAGAAGUUCACAGUGGCUUAGUACGAAAGGAACGACAUGGAGGGUCAAUGGUUCCCUCAGCUUCCUUGAGUCAAGUGUCGGGCGCUUCGGCAGCGCUGUUCAAUAACAUUAAACAGUCAUCAAGUGGUGCUGCGGAUCGGAUUGGGAAGGCAGGAAAGGGAUUUUUUGGAAAGAUCACCAGGAGCGGCAGUACCAAUGAGCGGGAACUCAUUAAUGACGACAACUAUGUCUGUUCUGUGAUCAACUUGCCGCUUAUUGAACAAGCCCGGCGAACUCGUAUAGCAAAGCGACUCGAGGAUUGUAAGGACAAGACAGAAUUUUGGAUGCCAGCCUUACCAUAUCGCUGUGUUGAUUACCUUAAUUUCAAAGGCUGUGAAGAAGAGGGACUUUACCGUGUUCCGGGUAGUGGGAAAGAAGUCAAGCAUUGGCAACGACGCUUUGAUACCGAGCUUGACAUCAACCUUUUUGAUGAGCCGGACCUUUAUGACAUCAAUACGAUUGGCUCCAUGUUCAAGGCUUGGCUUCGAGAAUUACCCGAUGAACUCUUCCCUAAGGAAACGCAGGCUAUGAUCGCCGAAAAAUGCGAGGGCGCAACUACUGCUCCACAGAUGCUUAAAGAUGAGCUCUCAAAACUACCACCCUAUCAUUACUACCUCCUUUUCGCCAUCACAUGUCACUUAAACCUUUUGCAUUCCUAUGUCGAUCAAAACAAAAUGGACUACCGCAAUCUUUGCAUCUGCUUUCAGCCCUGCAUGAAGAUAGAUGCUUUCUGCUUCAAUUUCCUUGUCUGUGACUGGAAAAAUUGCUGGCAGGGUUGCUGGACGGAGAAGGAAUAUCUUCAGAUCGAACAAGAAAUGGACGAAAAGGAAAACUCAUCGCAUACACAACAGGACAACGAUUCGGGAUUUCCACAAGCAACGAGAAUCGAAGAGAGAGCUAUAUCUUCGUCCGGUAGCAGCCAGCCUUCUAUCCAAGAACAACCUUCUCGUCCCGAAACGGCCAAGGGCCGCAAGCACAGACCUAAGAACAUUGAAACCACACAUACUAGGAGUGUUUCCCAGCUUCCUGAGCUGGGGCCUCCGCUGUCUCCUAUUCAGAUAUGA